UACGCGAGAUUUGAGAACAGGUUGCGAGAGCACAGAUGGAUUGUGACGCUAGGCACGACGCACGACGGAUCGGAACAAACCUGCAUCGGGAAAAAUCCUUAUGAGUUGAUCCCACACUGACAGACCGCAGAUUUUACCCUCGCCCUUGUGUUUGCACGACUUCGUAUUUGGACAGACUUGCACGACUGCAUUGAUUUGAUGCACAGAGGCACAUUUUAACCACCGGGCCUGCUUUCGUACUCGCCUUGUAGUUUGUAUUUAAUUUUGGAAGACUUCCGACCAGCAAUCAAAGGAGAGCAGAAGUUUCUACGCGGUUGUUUGUUGCCGUGGUGGGUCGUGCGACUUGGCAGGAAUGUCCCAGAAGGAUAGACCCACUUUCUACCGACAGGAGCUUAACAAAACAAUAUGGGAAGUCCCGGAGCGGUACCAGAACCUGUCGCCUGUAGGCUCGGGGGCUUACGGAUCAGUGUGCUCCGCCUAUGAUGUGAAGAUAGGGCUGAAGGUGGCGGUAAAGAAGCUGUCCAGACCAUUCCAGUCCAUCAUCCACGCCAAGCGGACGUACCGCGAGCUGCGCCUACUCAAGCACAUGAAGCAUGAGAAUGUGAUCGGCCUCUUGGAUGUGUUCAGCCCCCAUGUCACUCUGAAGGAGUUUAACGACGUGUACCUGGUGACGCACCUGAUGGGCGCCGAUCUCAACAACAUCGUCAAGUGCCAGAAGCUGACGGACGACCAUGUGCAGUUCCUCAUCUACCAGAUUCUCCGCGGGUUAAAGUACAUCCACUCUGCAGACAUCAUCCACAGAGACCUGAAGCCUAGUAACCUGGCAGUAAACGAGGACUGUGAGUUGAAGAUUCUGGACUUUGGUCUGGCGCGACACACGGACGAUGAGAUGACCGGCUACGUGGCAACGCGCUGGUACCGGGCGCCAGAGAUCAUGCUCAACUGGAUGCACUACAACAUGACAGUUGACAUCUGGUCGGUGGGUUGCAUCAUGGCGGAGCUGCUGACUGGACGAACCCUCUUCCCUGGAACAGACCAUAUAAACCAGCUUCAGCAGAUAAUGAGGCUGACGGGAACUCCGCCUGCCUCCCUUAUAAGCAGGAUGCCCAGUCAUGAGGCGAGAAACUACAUCAACUCACUCCCCCAAAUGCCAAAAAGGAACUUUGCAGACGUGUUCAUUGGGGCAAACCCAACAGCCGUCGACCUGCUGGAGAAGAUGUUGGUGCUGGACACGGAUAAGCGGAUCACGGCGUCUGAGGCCCUGGCCCACCCGUACUUCGCCCAGUACCACGACCCGGACGACGAGCCUGAGGCAGAGCCGUAUGACCAGAGCUUUGAGAGCCGCGAGCUGGAGAUUGACGAGUGGAAACGGCUGACGUUUGAGGAAUUGGUCAGCUUUGUCCCUCCGCCCCUCGACGAAGACGAGAUGGAGUCGUGAGGGAGGGAGAGACGUGACGUCAUGCGUGGUCCAGUCCCCUCUCGCCGGCCGCAGAGGACACUGCCCCCCACUGGACCAAUCUCCCCACCCCCUCUCCCCCAACAGGAACACAAACAGGAAAUGGAUGAUCUCAAAGUGCCUGUAGCUGAAUCGUCAGCUGUGGGUCCCUCCGUAGGUCAAAGGUCAAACAAGGCAAUAUCUUCGGCUCCUCCCCUUACCUGUUAUGAAAUGUGGGUUUGAAAACAAACCUCAAAAUAGAAACCGCUUCGAUCGAUAUAUUGACGCACGGAGGACGCAGAAGACAUCUAACGUGAAUGCUUUUUCUGAAUUAGCAAAUACACGGACAGCCAUGACAAUACAGAACAGGAAAUUUUGACAUGCAAAGCAAAUAAGCAGAUGCUAUUUGUUGUGCACAGUGUAUAGCCUAUGCCUGCAUAGGUUGGGGUAUGAGUUCUCCCAAAAAGAGACUUUUGGAAGCAGCGCUUAAGAAUUUUCUCCAGGUUUUCUAGUUUUCCGUCUUCAGUCAGAGCGGAGCGCUGUGUCUGCCGUCUACUUGCAUGUUCCAGUGUUCGAGCCGUGUAAAUAAAUACCUUAGCAAGCACUCGUGUAAAUAAGUUAUGACAGACGGCCAUCGUUACCAGUUACUCUGCCAAGGAACGUCUCUCCUGCCUCUAGCCUCUCACCGCUCCGACACACACGCACACACACUCUCUUUUGCCCAGUUUGUGUCUUUCUAUGACUUCAGUUCUAAAAGAAUGUCGGCUCAAAUGCCCGCCAGUCAAUCAAUUUCACAAUCAAGAAUGUCAUCUUUUUAUUUUGAAUUUGGAGAAUGUAGACCAUUUCCAGUUUUACUCUAGCAAAUUUUAAACAUAGCCUGACCAUGAGCUGGCUGCUGUCUGUAUCCAGCCACCCCGCUCUAUAUCCGUGCUCUAGAACAGGAAUGACCUAAGAGAGCCGCAUGAGUUGAUGAUACGAAAGCUACUGACCUUACAGCAGGUGAGCUUAGUCCAGGUUCCGCAUGAGUUGAUAUACAAAAGCUAGUGGCCUUACAGCUGCUGAGUUUAGUCCAGAUUCCCAUUUGACAUGAUCUACAUAUCUAAUCCUCUGCUGGGGAGAAGCUGUCUGUCCCUCUUAGUUUAACCUCCUCUCAGUGUCCCAGAAGUCUCCAGGUGAAUGUGCGUCCCAGUCCGCUGGCUAAAGCAAGGCCGCUCUGUCCUGUCCACUCUUCCUGCUCCCUUUCUCUGCAACUUCUUUAUUUGUUUUGUUGAAUGAAAAGAACGGAGAAUAUGCAGGUGCAUAGGUUGCCCUCUCGACCUAUAGGAACUUCUAAUCCUGAUUUAGAAUGGCAAAGUGAUUCUUUUUAAAAUGUUAAUUAUUUUAUUUUAUUUCAUAUUUCUGUUUUUGUGUAAUCCACAUGUUGUUCCGUUUGAAGAAAAGUGUGUGAUACCGUUUGUAUAUUUAGACGAAUGGAUUUUGUUCCACUGUAGAAACAGCUGUCAGCAUGUGUAUGAGCCAGUGAUCAGACAUCUGUGGGGGCCCUCCAACAGAAGCACUCAAUACCAGCAGAAUCCCCCGUUCCAGAUCACCUCAGCCCACAGCAGGUUCCCCACAUCCCCUCGUUCUGCACAACAAACACCCCCACACCAGGACUGCCCCCCACAAACACCCCCACACCAGGACUGCCCCCCACUCCAGGACUGCCCCCCACAAACACCCCCACACCAGGACUGCCCCCCACAAACAACCCCCUCUUUUUACAUGUGUUUAAGUUUAUUCCCAAAUGUGGAUUCCUCAUGGACUGGUAUUACGUUGAACCUCUGAGAAGCAAUAUCGGUAUGGAGCUUGGCUCGCUCUCCCUGUCCCUCUCUCUCUCUCUCUCUCUCUCUCUCUCUCUCUCUCUCUCUCUCUCUCUGUCCCUCCCUCUUUCUUUCUUUCUCCUCUCUCUUUCUCCUCUCUCUUUCAAUCUUUCUCUCUCUCUCUCUCUCUGAGUGUGUGGAAUUGUUUUACUGUUUAUGGGCACAAGUUUACAGGGCUCCAAAGGGUUCGUAUUGAAAUUGACGUCACAUAAUUGGAAGACCUGUCCACAUCGUAUUUAUUACAUGGUGAGACAAGCCAGGUCUGCCAUAUAUUAAUGUGAUAUAUAUAUAUAUAUAUACAGUGAUUCUUUUCUUUUUGUUGCAAAAUGAAAGAGCGUCUUGUCCUUGUCUUGUUGUUUUGUGCCCUGUGCACACAAACAAUUCUCAGUCUACCAACAACACAGGUAACGCAAAACCACUGCAUAAAAUUAAUAAAUAAAGGCAAUUAUUUUUCAGAAUUGUUGUCUUCUCAUAAAA